AUGAUACAGAUUGGAGAACUAAUCUCCAAAAACGAAUGGGAAAGUCACGCUAGAAAGUUGUUGGAAUCAAUUCCAUUUUUCGAAGAAUACGUUUGGAAACUUCAGAUUCCAUUCACGUUUGCUGCGCCCUACCUCUGCGAACCCUGCAGAGAAUACGCGCCUCAGGUGCAGACCUUUUUGAAAAACACUGGAAUGGCUUCACUUGCUGUGAGUGCCUAGGUCUAAAUUUAGGUAUAAAGCGGCGGUUUUUAAUUAGAAAAAACUUGUUUUUAGACAAUAGCGAUUUUAUUUAAAAUACGAGGCGUACAAUGAACCCUAUCUAUUUAAAAGGUCUAAGCAUUUAAAAAUUUUCCAGUUUGACCUAGCCGUGUGCAACAUCUUCUUUGUGUUUGAAAAGCACGAUAUGGUACCAGUAUGUGAUGCAGCACUUGUUGGACUAGACAUUUAUGCAAGAUACGCUGAUCCUCAAAUUCUUUGUUCAGCUAUUCCAAGCUGUCAACCGUCUUUAAAAAGCGUUAAACGAAGUGCCAGUAUUAAUGACAUUGCUGAACGGUUUUUGAGGACCUUUUAA